AUGGAGAAAGAGAAAGAAGGCAUAUCACGCAUAACAUCACUUGUUGCAAAUCCAUCAACCCAGCAAUAUCCAUGGAUGUCUACUUCCACUGCCAUGCCUAGUUCCGCUGCCAUGCCUAGUUUCGCUACCAGUGCUAGCUCUAGUGUAGCUAGUAGCUCGUGCUCCGCUUUACCAGCAUUGAUUCCUCUUACAAAUGCCAACCCACAUCCAUGUGGCAGUGAGUAUGGUAAACAAUGUGGAUUUGGGAUAACGACACAAAGGAGUAAAAGGGAGAAGGAUGAGACUAUCAAAUAUGUCACUAUGGGAUGUGCUCAUGGUGGCAAGGCACGGAAUAGGACGUCAAAUGUCUCUAAGCCUCGGCCAACAAGCAAGACAAACUUCAAGGCAAUGAUGAAUGUUUUGUUGAAGAAUAGGAAGUUGUGUGUCACAUCGAUAUUUAACACACACAAUCAUGUGCUAAGUUCAAGAAAAUCUAGGUUUUUCAGAUGUAAUAGAGAAGUUAGUGAGUCCGAUAAGAGGAUUUUGGAUACAAAUGAUGAGGCUGACAUACAGAUGAAUAAGAGUUUCCAAGCUCUUGUAACUGAUGCGGGUGGGUUUGAAAACGUACCAUUUGGAAAAAAAGAUUGUCGUAACUAUAUUAAUAAGGCACGUCACCUACGGUUGGGGAAAGAUGGUGUACAAACGAUACUUGAGUAUUUUCGAAUGAUGCAACACAAGAAUGAUGACUUUUACGGCAUAAUGGAUUUGGACGCCCGUAGUAGAGGGGCCUACGACUACUUUGGAGAUAUGAUGCAACUGGAAAUGGAUGGAAUGCAACCUUCGAUGGCAUAUGGAACACAACCAGCAAGUAGUUUGAAUGCCACUAGUGGAAUAUGUUAUUACUUGACAAUGGUUUGA